UCUGUUGAGACUAUCUAAAACAUAUCUCGUACUGGUAAGCAGUUUCUUUUUAAUAGCUGCAAGAUGGACCUGUGAGAUAGGUGCUUAUAUUGGUAAGAACCACUUUCUUUAAUCUAACACGGAAUCGUGAGAACUGGUUUGGGCAUAUUUAAGAUCUAAAAAUUGCUGCUAAUAACAGCACAAACACUGUAUUUGAUCAACUUCUUAGCACAAAUUACAUUAGUUUUUCCACCUACAUUAAGAGCUACCUAGAAAGCUUCUGAGUUCGCUCCCGCUGGUUACCCAACUUGUUUAUAAGCCCUUAGCAAAGCAGAACAACAUUUCCGGCUGUCCAAAGACUGCAAAACCUUAAUUAAGCAAUAUUUAACUUCACAUUUAGCCCACUAAUCCCAUAAGGCCGUAGGCAAUAUAAACUUUACACAGCUUAGGGAGCCCCAAAACGCCGAACGAAAGCAGCCCAAGGGUCGUUCGACUCACCUGCUCUAAGCGAACUCAGAUGUUUGUAAACAAAUAAAGCAAAAACACGGCCGAGAGAGAAGGUGGCUCGGUGCGCACUUGGCUUAAAAUGCACCUCGGCAGAGAGAGAGCAGCAAGCCAAAACAUGGAACCUACCGAAUCCACCGAUCCGCCGACUUGGCCACUUGGCUGCACUCGCCGCCAGUCUCACAGAAACGCUCAAAGCGCUCGGACACCCAACGAAAAGCGGAGUCUCAGCCGAAAAGCGAAUCAAGAAAGAAAACAAACCCAAGACAAGGCGACUCCGAGUAACUUUCGUGCCUCGUGGUAGAAAAUCCGAGCUGGAGAAAGGCCUAGACCCCGAGCUCGUAAGCAUUUUAUUUGCAAGCCAGUCACAGUCCGUCUGUCCCGAAAUCGCCACAUUUCACCGACCAUAAUGCGCUGACAUUGAUUCUAGGGCCAGCGUGCAUUGUCAUCGGUGGUUCAGGGCUGUCGGGAUUACCAGUCGGUGGACCCAAAACCAGUUGAAGGGCAACGAGCAACCAGCUGAAAGCCGAGAGAAACUCAUCGCGCAUGCGUGCACGUGCACAAGUCACUCAAACUUUUGAGUUUUUGUUUUUGUUUAUAAAACUGGGACAAGAACGAGACUACCCGCAGAGCUGCUCAAGCAGUCGGUGCGCGGAAGUGUUAAAUUGGUUAAAUAAACUACAUUGCAUAAGCAGCGAAAGAAAAGAAACAUAAAUGCGCUAACUGGCCACAAUGAACGAAAAAUGUGUGAGAAACCUAUGAGUUAAAUUGGCAAACGUUCGAACUGUGUGAAAAUAAUAACAACACGGUCGAGCCAUAGCACAAAAGCCACGCUUUGUUCGUGAAUCGUGUGUAAAACCAAAAACCAAACCACCAAGCGAGCCAAUAAAUAAACACUAACCAAGACAAGCCACAGCAAAAAAAGCAAAUAUAUAAAUAAAAAUCAAAGCAGGCGAAAAUCGAAAAAUGUCCAAGCAGUGGAAAAUAAAUUCACUUUCGUUGCUGCACUGCCUGGCAGCGUUGCUCUGUGCACACAGCACACACGCAGCGAAUAUUGCAAGUACAGCAGCAACAUCGCCUGCCAGCAGCAACAUCGGACUCUUCAAUGCAACUUCAGAUGGUGUCGCCACCACUUUCAUCGACAGCGCCAGCAGCAGUGCCAACAGUAAUGCCCAUAACGUCCAAAACAAUGAAGCUGCCGCCUCCUUCGAGCAGCAGCCGCCACAGCAACAGCAGCAACCAAUGUUGCAAUAUGCACAUAUAUCGCCAUUAGAUAAAGAAGUAGUCGAGCGCCUGAUCAAACAGUGGGCACCGAUCGUCUGGCUGGCGCCGGAGGAGAAAUUCAUGCCGCUGGGCGUGGAGGAGUUCCUCCAGAAUGUCCAUCCCAUGGACAAGGAUAGCAGCUUCCGGCCGGGGGUGCCGUUCAGGGAGUACUCCACCAAAUCCCACCUGGUCACAAACAAUGAGAUCCAGGAGCUCCUGGAGGACGACAAAUCUUUUCUGUACGGACGGAAUCCCAACGAAAAGCCGGUGCCCAUCUAUGGUGUGGUCACCAUGUGUCCUUCUAGGAGGGAACCCGUAAUGCCACCAGUGCCUUCUCCUCCACCCGCCAGCACACGAGCUGCUUACAUUCCCGUCUCCAUUGAUCCCCUGGAGGAACGCAACGAUACGAUCCGCAGAUCCUCCAGACUGUUUCCACUCUUUCAGCGUGUCAAACGCGAUGCGGCGGCAGAUUCCAAGUUCACUCCACUCAAUCAGUACGAGGAACUGGUAAUGGAACCCACCCAGAAGCCCCAAUCCGAUCCAGAGCCGGAGACGGAAAGUGGUGUGCCAGUGAACAAUUUCAUAGCUAACCUUGCAGACAAUGUCAAGUUCAGCGGUAGCACCGAUCCCGAUGACAACUUGGAAGAGAACAGUAUUGGGAAGGCCCUGGAACAGGAGAUAAAUCCCGGAAAGGGCAAGCUACCGGGCUUCCAUGUAACCUACUGGAUGUUCUACCCCUACAGUCAGGGUAAAACCAUGUGCACCGUGAGCCUGGGACCGCUUGGAAGGAUUCCCUUCCCAGCCGUUUACGGAUAUUGCCUGGGCAAUCGCAAGGAUAUCGGCAGCCAUGUGGGUGACUGGGAGCACAUGAGCCUGUAUUUCAAUGGGAACGCAGAGCCCCAGGCCAUGUAUGUGUCUGCCCACGAUGCGGGUGCCUAUUAUAGUUACAAUCGUCUGACGGGAUCCUUCGAGUUCCGCCGCCAGGAGACACGCAAAGGUAUCUUGCAGCGGCCAAACUUUCCCAAAACGGUGACUACAUUCAAGAACCAUCCGGUUCUAUUUGCCGCCAAGGGUUCACAUGGUCUGUGGACAGCACCAGGCAAGCACCGCUUUGUCAAGGUGGCACGCCUGUAUGAUAUCAAUGGAUUUGGAACGCCCUGGAAUACUUGGAAGGAUGUGGAUAUAAGCUACGAGAACCUGAGAUCUUAUGGUCGGUCACUGGUUCCUGAUUGGCUUACGUAUCGAGGCAAAUGGGGAAAUCCCAAGAGCAAUUGCCAUCCUUUCCGGCGGAUUGGUCUGAAUUUCUGCGAGUUUACAGACGGACCCACGGGAAUACCCCUCAAGGAACCCCACUUCGAAUGCGGCGCUGACUAUCGCUGACACCUCAGUCGGAAAAAAGGUCCCUUGCCUAGCCUUAAACUAAUGUUUAGUGAAGUAUUUAUUGUGAAACCACCCAAAAAUGAUCCCUUAUUGAUUAAAAACGAAGCAGAA